CAUGAGAUCAUUGGAGACCUGACUUUGGAGAUCUGUCAACCGUGAUUGGAUAAUAACUCCCAAAACCUACAGCAUGUGACUUUGCCGUGGAGUUUACAGACCCUCGCCAUGUUCUCUCUGUGGAAUCUUUAUUUCCUCCUCCCCCUCUCCUUGCCUCUCUCGCUUCAAGUCUCAGCCCUAACAGGAGAAAAUGUCAAAGAAACAGAUCCAGUGGUGCAGCAUCUCCCACAGCCCUCAAAUAGACUUCAUGGAUCUGGUUUUGCAUCGGUGAAGCCCCUGUUUGGGCCCAUGAAUGUUGACUUCCUGUUGAACGCUGGGUCAUCAUCUGAGGAAUCAGACGGACAAGGUGUGAUUGGUGAAUACACUGAUUCACAGGAGAGCACAAAGACAUCCCUUUUGUAUCCGAAUGAAAAGGGACUUUUCAAAUCCAGACCCACUGAAAGUUCAAUGGAAGAUAUUACCUCUAAGGAGAAUAUACAAACAUUAAGGUCUUCAUCAGGAGCAGCACCACCUCAACCUACCCAGGAACAAACAUUUAAGUAUCAGCCAGCUGAGAUCAGCGCUGGAUCUAUUUUGCAUUCUACACAGACUGGAGGGAAUCAGCUAACUUUGCGGGCCUCACAGAAUAAGAUGAGUGGUAGCCACUUACCUUUUCCACUGUUUGGCUCACUUCCAUCAGAAACACAAGACCAGCAGUCAACAUCACCAAUCUCUGUUGGAUCAGGGCCCAGCCCUGACCGCACCACUGCCCCUGUAGCCACUGGCAGUUGGGAAUGGACCACUGGUCCUUCACAGGAAAAUACACGGGAGGGUACUGUUCCAGUGAAAGAGACUGGAGAUCGAUUGCUUGAUAUUACAAACCACAGAGGAGCUGUUGGCAUGGAGGCAGGAAAUGAUGACUCCACUGACAACGGCCUGCAUGUCACAAAGACCAGUGGCACACUGUUGCGUGAUGGUAACGUGAACACAUCAACCUCACUCUGCAAAACAAACCAGUCCUGGACUGCCACCUACCCAGACGACUUAAUACCCAAUGAGUCCCCGCGCCCCUCUCUGGCUCCCAGCCAUGCCCUUUACGUCCCGCUGUAUUCGGACUGGAACUCUGCCCUCGCUACAUGGGGAUUUGCCUGGGAAGCUCACAUCUAUGGCCUGGGCUCUGUCUUCACUGUGUUCGGCCUAAUCUCCGUUGUCUGUCUGUUAGGCCUUCCCCUGCGGUGUCCUCCAGGAAGUCCCUACUUUACUCUCCUGCACUUGUUCCUCCUAGCAUUUGCAGGGAUCCAAGCUUUCUGUUUGCUCUAUGAUGCUUACAGUCACCAAGAUCGUCUUCCCCCUCUUGGCUCUCUGCUACUCUCAGAGUUGCCCUUUCCCUGCUUGAUCUCAGCUUUCUCUUUGGCCUUCCACCUCCUGUCAUUGCGCGCACACAUGCGUCUUUCACUCCCACUUGCUAUUUCUACCUCAUUUUCAGUUUUGCCAAAACCUCACCUGUUACUGUGUGUGUCUCUGUUGCAUUUUGUAGUCUCUCUAGGGUGUGUUGGCAUGCUCCAGCUCUUCCACAUCCUCCCCACCAUGAUCCUGCUAUUCCCUCACAGUCUUUUCGUAUGUCUCACCAUCUUUCUUUCAUGUUCCUAUAUCAUUUUCUAUUGCUUAAUACAAGUCGACACCAAACACAUCUACAGACUGAAUGACAAUGGAGAGAAUGGAGGAUCUCCUGAAGUGAUGAGACCUGCAAAUUGUCCCUUUGCUAAAGUGGAGGACUGGCGUAGGGCAGCAGGAGCUGGAGUAGGAGCUUCGUUGUGUUUGUUGGGGUGUGGAGGCCUACAGCUUUAUGGGAUCCUGCAUGCCUUUGGUUUAGGUGGGGUUGAUGGCUAUGGGUUCCGGCCCUGGUCCUGGUGGGGCUACCAGGUAGGCUGCAGACUGUGCGAAGUUGGGGUGUGUCUUGGUUUGUCUCUCAUUGGCACACACCCUCUAUUCUGUCAAAACAACUCUUCUAUCAAGUCCAUAACUCACCCUCGGCCAUCUUGGUCCCGCCUCUCCUGUAGUUCCCCUUCACGAGGGAUCACCCUGCCUUCUCAUGGAGGUGCAAAUUCUCCUGUCCUCUCCUCACAUGAUUCCUGCUCCCAAGGUAAGCAGGAAAAGCUGGGGGUGUGUAAUGUCAUUACCGGGGGACAGUCAGAGGGUCUUCCUCUUUGCUCAAUGGCAGAUCCUCCUGGAAAUGGGCUACAUAUUCUCCCAAAAUCAAGCAAAACACAGAGUAAUCUAUUACCUCUAUCCGCUCCCCCAAGCCCACCUCACAAAUCUCAGCUAUCGUCAUUGGAUAGCUUAGGUCAAGAGACUGAUUCAACUGUGGACCUGCGGCCCCCUUCUCCCAUAGACUUGUCCCGCAGCAUUGACCAGGCUCUGUUCAGUGAGUCCCUAUUCUCUCACAGUAUCUUUGGUUUACCAAGGCUGUUCCAUGCCUCUUCAAGCCAUUCAUUGAGCUCUCCUAGCCAAGGUACAUCAAAGAAAGGGCCCAGUUCUUCAGUAAAUGCCUUAUACCGAACCUCUUCCUGUGGAGAUGUGGAUCAAGAGAAAGCCCUGCCCAGUUCAAGAUGCUCCCAGCCUCACAGCUCUUUGACAUCUCACAGCAGAACACCAGAGCAAUGGGAUUGGAAAGGGAGUGCCUCCGGCUCAACACAGGGUCUGUGCAGCAAUCCCAAGGAGACAGGAAAGCUGCGCUCACAUUCCUGGGCCAACAGAGGGCAAAACUUUGCUCAGCACAGCCUUCCAAGAGGGAUUCCCCACCUGUCUUACCACAGGCGUUACCGAACCUUGAGCUUGGCCUCUCAGGACAUCCAGAGUUCUGGUCAACUGUCAGGGACUAAACACCUGAGUGAAAGCAAACAGCUUGAAUGGGACCUCACUGUACAGGCAGAGUUUGUCACUGUGUGCAGACAAAUUGAUGCUCUGAGUGUUUGCAGUGACACCAUUGAAUUGUAAGAAGUUGUAAAAGUCCAUCUGUGAUUGAAAUGCACAUGGCAUUGCAGAGAAAUAGCACUCUGUUUACAAUUGAUUUAAAUUGUACAUCAUAAAAGUAUUUAUACAGAUUAAAUACUGUAUAUAGGAAUAUAAAGGAUAUCCAUCUUCCACUGUGAGUGGACAAACAAUGUGGACCCAAAACACUUUUGAUGUACUGCUGUGAUAUAACCCCUUUGACCCCCCCCAUAUCUGAUAGUAUUACCUUAGAAACGAUUUCAUCCACAUAUGUAAACAAUAUAAGGAAAUCCUAAAACCGUAUUAGUACUCUGAUGACCAUUGAGAA